AUACAAUUUAUUUUAACGUGGCACUUUGACAGACUUAGGAAGAGAUCAGCACAUUCAUGUGUGGCACAGUAUGAACGGUGAAAUCUUCUGAAACCUCUUCAAAUGGAUGGAAAACAUCUAAUUUCCCCAAAAGCUGCCACCAGCAGCACUGUGGCAAAUGUGCUACAGCACUAUCCAACAAGAAAAAGAGUUCUGCUGCUUAUUCUCUUUUUUGCCUUGUCUUUCAUUACCAUGUUUCAUAAAAUGAGUAAGGUCAACGUUUUUUUGCCAUUUCCACAACCAAGGAUUUCUAAUAAAACAAGAUCUACAGAAAAAACUGAAGGAGACAUCCUCCAAGCACUACUAAAGUAUAUACCUCAAGUGAAUUAUACAGAGUUUGAUCAAACAUCCAAUGCUAAGAAAAGCCGAGCCACAUUGCUGCACCCAAAGCAAAACUAUACCAUCGGAGAGACUAUCCGAAUCCAAGUGGAAAUUUGUGAUCACAAUGGAAAUCUCAAGACUUAUGGGGGAGACUUCAUUUUGGCACGUAUUCAAUCUCCAGAACAUAAGGCUGCUGCUUCAGGAGUUCUAAAGGACCUUAAAAAUGGCAUUUACCAUAUUGACUUCAAAUUGUUUUGGCCCGGCCAAGUGGAAGUAGUGGUGCAGCUUGUGCAUCCAAGUGAGGCAGUGACUGCCAUAUGGCGAGCCAAGCAGCUGGACUAUGAUAAAAUCUCUUACACUGGCAUAUUCACAAACAAUUCAGUACAGGAGAAAACAGAAUGUUAUUCUUACCUGAUAUCCAGUCAAUCAGUUUGCCUCUAUGUUGACGAGAGAGAAAAAGAGACUUAUUCUUGUCUGAAGCCAUUGACCCUUUCCUGUGAAACACUGACAUUCUUCCAGUCAAGAAACAGUAUAACAUCCUACCUGACGAAAAAUGAAAAAAAGUUAUUGGACCAGUCAAAUAUUGCUGUGACAAUCCCUAAUGACUUCCCUCCAAUUUCAGUUUUUUCAAUAAAUAAUGAACUCCUAUUAUCCAGUGAAAAGUGCUGUCUGGGAACUCUGCAACCAGUUCCGAGUGGGUUUUUCCAUUCCAGCCACUGGUAUCCUUCAUUUUGUAACUGCAGAAGCUUUCAAAAUGACAAAGAUAUCAAUAGCUGUCUUCAGGGAAAAGACUUAUACUUUAGGGGUGACUCUACAGUGCGCCAGUGGCUCAAAUAUCUCACAAGAAAACUAAAAAAUUUAAAAUACUUGAAGACCACUGAGAAUUUCAAGAGUAGAGCCCCAAUGCUUGCUGUUGAUGAACAAAGAAAUAUAACCGUCGACUGGAGGAAGCAUGGCCAUCCUUGGAUUACAGCCUAUUUAAAUGUUAUUAAGGAAUGUAACUAUGUGUCCAGAGAAGUAGACAAAAUUGCUGGUGGGGAAAAUAUAAUUGUAGUAAUCACAGUCGGACAACACUUCCGUCCAUUUCCCUUGGAGCUUCAUAUAAGGAGGCUUCUAAACAUCCGCAAAGCAAUUGAAAGGCUGAAGGCCCGCAGUCCGAAAACAAGGGUCUUCAUUAAACUGGAGAAUGUUCGAGAGCUGACCUCUGACACUCUUCGUUUCAGUAACUGGCAUGGCUACAUCCAAAAUCUGGCCCAAAGAGAAGUAUUUCAUGGACUCAAUGUGACUAUCCUUGAUGCCUGGGAUAUGACUGUUGCUGACAACACGAAAAAUGUUCAUCCACCCCAGCAUGUUGUACACAGCCAGGUGGCCUUGUUUUUAUCCUACCUCUGUCACAACUCUUCUGAUUGAGUUGGUCUGUCAGUUAGAGAUGUUUAGCAUCCUAUGGCAGUCAAUGCAGGAGGUGAUGGUGGUGGUAAUGGUGGUGGUGGUGAUGAUGCAGCCCUUAUGAAGGCCUUUUAAUAUGAUUUUACAGGUUUUCUCCAGGUAAGAGUACUUAUUAUUACUAUUAUACUAUUGUAAAAUACACUGAGAUAAAAUAAAGAAUAUAAAUAAAUACAAAAGACUAAGUCUGUCUUUAGGGUGUAACAGAAUGUUUUAAAUUCAGGUUUGAUUCCAGAUUUGUGCCUGAUUCUGCUUCGACUGUUCUGGACUGUAAAGAACAGAUUCAGAAAAUAAAACACUAAAAUUUAACACUAAAAAAUCUCAGUGCUUUAUCCUUGUGUUUACCUGAAAAAUGAAUCUGUGAAGGGUGAUUUUUUUUAAAUAGUUAACAUGUUAUAGAGGAUAACCACGGUGUUCAUGGAUU